AUCUCUAAGUCAUUGGACUUAUGGAUAACCAGAAGCCCUGACUGGCUGUUCAAUUUGUUACAGUAAUGUGACAUCCAACUCAUCCAUUCACUGACUCCUACUCACUCACUCACCGACCCACCAACAACCUAUUCACUCACUCACAUCCAUCUGUAUGCUUGGGCAGCUCAGGCACAAUGGCCAUCCCCAUUCUAGCACUCCCCUCAAGCAGAAUACUAAAUCUGUCAUGGCCCAGAGUCCAUUGUCCUACCUUGCCACUUGGGGGAACGUGACAGCUUUAGCCAUAAUUACGGGAAAGGGCCAGGCUUUGUCACUCCCGCCAUGGGAAAGUUUUCAGGCUUCCGCCCUACCAAUAUAUUUCUCAAAUAUUGAGGGAAUUUGAUUAUCUGGACCAAGUUAUCCAGGUGGUUAGAGUUUGCAGCAGGUGAAAAUAAUUUGUAUACAAGUCGGCUUAAAAUAAGUGACAUUUGUGUUUUCAAAUGCAAAAGUGCUAUUUACAUUUAAAAAAUAUGCCAUCCCAGUGAAAAAUAGUUUGAGAAUUCUAACAUAUAUUAUAUGGACAAUUACUGUAAUUGUUCGAUUUGAGAAGGGCGCUCCAUCCACUCUUGCCUGUUCACAUCACGGGCCAUAUACCGGUGCACCGGAAAGCAGUGAAGGAAAAAUAGAGUCCACCAAUCCAACCAACCAGAGAGGGAGUCCUUUUGAGCUACUCGUCACCAUUGAAUCACAUUCCAAGUUGCGCUGGCCAAUGGUGGGAGUGCUUUAUUUCCUAAAGGCUCGUCAUGUCUGACAGGUGUAUCUGAGUGAGGCACGUCCACUCAGACAUUCAAACAUGAAUAAUAUACUUUCAAGAGGCCAGGAUGCUAUUACUCUGCAGAUGCUGAAGUGGCCAACACUGCUACUUGGCUACUCAAUCACAGCAGUACACCAUGUGAUCAUGGCACAAUCCUCUAAGUGUUACUGUUAGGUGGUCAUAAUUACAACCUUGAUCGAGCAAGUCCAGUGAUGCCUUAAACCUUGGUCCACCCUCAAGCCUUGGCCAGCAUGUCUGCUUAUGGACAUCUUGUGACAGACAGCUGAAUUAAAUAAUACUUGUGUCAGAAAAACGUGCUAUGUAAAUGUCAUGACAUGUAAUUAACAGUCUUUACUAUUCGUGGUAGUUUGACACAAUGACAAGUCAUGAAAGCGUUGGUCCUAUACCUCUAUGCUCAAAAGUUGAGAAAAUCCAUCAACAUUUCCCAUUCUAAACAUUUGUCACAAUCUAUGAAAAUAUGCUAUUUUUACAUACAGGCAUUCAAUUCUGUCUUGCCAAUAUAGUUCAACUAUUGAAGGGAUUCGAUUAUCUGGACCGGGUUGCCCAGGUGUGACGAGUUUGCACUAGGUGAAAGUUAAUUGCUUUUUCUUUGUAACAGAGCUGCCUCCCGGCAGUGAGCUAGGUUCCCCGCUCUGGCCGACGGCCAAGUCGGCUAAAAAAAAAAGUGACAUUUGUUUUUUCAAAUGUAAAAUUAUCAAUUAUCUGCCAUCCCAAUGAAAACUAGUUAAAGAAAUUAGAACCUAUAUUAUAUGGACAAUAACUGUUCGAAUAGAGAAGGGCGCUCCUCCCAGUUUUGCUUGUUCACGUCACGGGCCAUAUACCGGUGCACCGCGGUUCAUUUUAAUCAAACUCCACCAAUGUGGUAGAUUGUACUGGAAAGCAGUGUGAGUGGAAAAUAGUCAGCCAAUCCAACCAAUCAGAAGGAGUGAUUUUGAGCUACUCGUCACCAUUGGAUCACAUUCCAAGUUGCGUGGGCCAAUGGUGGGCCAGCGCUAUAUUUUCUAUUCAGUUCACGAAUACAAAGGCUACUUGCUUGUGUACUUUUGCAGGGAUAAUAGUGCGGAACAAACUGAAGAAAGCAUACGAAAAAGUGUGGAUGUGAUUGCAUUGCUUGUGUAGUUUCUACUUAUGUAACGGCAGGUAAGGGAGAUGCUGAGUGGCUGAAUCCGCAACCAGGUGCAGGCUCACUUCCAGUCAUGACCUCAGGGAAUGGGAACAAUGCGCCCAUGGUGACAGGCAGUACCCCACAGAAUGGCGAGAGCAAACUGCCUCAAGCCAUAGUGAAACCCCAGAUCCUCACCCACUUUAUUGAGGGAUUUGUGAUCCAGGAGGGAGCAGAGCCUUUCCCUGUUGAACGUCCGUUGUCGUUGCUGAUCGAGGACCUGAAGAAACACAAACAGCAGACACACUCUGAUUCAGAGAAGACGACUACCUCCUCCAACAGCACCACUGACUCUGAGAUGGAGGACCUAUCACAGCAAGAGCUGAAGCAGCAAGAGGAGCCCACCCUGACGUGUGAGCUGUGUGGCAGAGUGGACUUUGCCUACAACUUCAAGAGAUCCAAGAGGUUCUGCUCCACAGUGUGUGCCAAACGGUACAAUGUAGGGUGUACAAAGCGAAUGGGCCUCUUUCCAAAUCGACAAACCACGAUGGAGAAACUGAAGAAGCAGAGAACAUCCAAUGGGAACCACCAGAACUCAAGCUCUGAGACGAAAAAACAGACACCCACUACUGGGCAGCAACCUGGGGGUGGAUCGGUGACGUCCAGCCACCCCUCUCACCCUGGUCACAGGGAGUUCAGCCAUUGUUUAGACAUGUCCAGCUACGAGGGUCCCCCUUCGCCCCCACUGUCUGCUGCCAGCUCUAGUGCUCCCAGGUCCCAGGUGGGCAGAGGGGCCGAGCACACGGAGGGCUUUGGACAAGAGCUGCCCCUCUCCCAGCACUUCCAGCCCAGCGACCCGGCCAAGUGGAACGUGGAGGAGGUCUACGAGUUCAUCUGCUCCCUGCCAGGUUGCCUGGAGAUAGCCAAGGAGUUCCGCUCGCAGGAGAUCGACGGCCAGUCUUUGCUGCUGCUGAAAGAGGACCACCUCAUGGGCACCAUGAACAUCAAACUGGGGCCUGCGCUCAAGCUCUUUGCUGAGAUCAGUAUGCUGAGAGACUCGUAACCCCUCCUCUCUGGAGCCACUCCACACUGCCGGGAAGUGUCCAGAACACCGUAAUUAUACGGUACUCUGACCAGGCUCAAGCCUACCGCUGUGGCAGGUUGGUCCCACGGGGGUGGAGGAUGGACGAAAGGUGUCUCUCUGUUUCAUAGAAGCUGAUGGUCCAUAGCAUAUUGGCAACGCUAUCUGAGUUUAGAGCUUUGCCUCUUUGGACUCUCCUUUGCAAUGCAGGACCCGUUAGCUACUGAAUGAGUUGUACUGUGGAUGUUGUACUGUGCACAAGGAACUUAUCCAGCUAGACUCAAAUGGACAAGGUGGUACUUAAGUUCAUAAAUGCUGUUACUAGUAGUUAGAGAUUCUCUGGUACAUCUGUAUACUUUUAGCCAGUAGUAGCCCUCACGAGCCAAAAGUGGUCCCUGAAAAUUGCGUACUACAUCACAUAUGUGCCCCACGUCAUUGCUCUCGCUCUGCUGUGUGCGUCUUGCUAGCUGUCACUCAAAUAGUGAGGGGCUGAAGCACAUUGGUUGGAACUCGAGUUGUUAGGGGGCUGGCCCACGUGGGGGUAAAUGGCGCCGUACAGCUUUCAGUAAACAGCCUCUUUCAAACUAGGAUUUUGUGGCUAAUUGAGGUAAAGUAAUUCUGCUCAUAGAUUAUGCAUGUAUGAACUACACAUGUCACAUGCACCAAAUACAACAGGUGUAGACUUUACAGUGAAAUGCUUACUUACGAGCCCAUUCCCAACAAUGCAGAGUUAAAAUAUGAGGCAAAUAUUUGCUAAAUUAAAAGGAAAUGCACAUCCAGCCUGAAGUGGGAGGUUUAAAAAUAUAUGAACUCUGCAAAAAAAGAAACGUCUUCUCACUGUCAACUGCGUUUAUAUUCAACAAACUUAACGUGUAAAUAUUUGUAUGAACAUAAUAUUCAACUGAUACAAACUGAACAAGUUCCACAGACAUGUGACUAACAAAAAUUGUAUGUGUCCCUUAACAAAGGGGGGAAUCAAAAAUAACAGUCAGUAUCUGGUGUGGCCACCAGCUGCAUUAAGUGCUGCAGUGCAUCUCCUUCUCAUGGACUGCACCAGAUUUGCCAGUUCUUGCUGUGAGAUGUUACCCCACUCUUCCAGCAAGGCACCUGCAAGAUCACGGACAUUUCUGGGGGGAAAUGGCCCUAGCCCUCACCCUCCGAUCCAACAGGUCCCAGACGUGCUCAAUGUGAUUGAGAUCCGAGCUCUUCGCUGGCCAUGACAGAACACUGACAUUCCUGUCUUGCAGGAAAUCACGCACAGAAUGAGCAGUAUGGCUGGUGGCAUUGUCAUGCUGGAGGGUCAUGUCAGGAUGAGCCUGCAGGAAGGGUACCACAUGAGGGAGGAGAAUGUCUUCCCAGCAUUGAGAUCGCCUGCAAUGACAACAAGCUCAGUCCGAUGAUGCUGUGACACACCGCCCCAGACCAUGACGGACCCUCCACCUCCAAAUCGAUCCCGCUCCAGAGUACAUGCCUCGGUGAAAAGCUCAUUCCUUCGACAAUAAACACGAAUCAGACCAUCACCCCUGUUGAGACAAAACCGCGACUUGUCAGUGAAGAGCACUUUUUGCCACUCCUGUCUGGUCCAGCGACGGUGGGUUUGUGCCCAUAGGUGACAUUGUUGCCGGUGAUGUCUAGUGACAUCAGGCUUGUAGGCCUGCCUUACAACAGGCCUACAAGCCCUCAGUCCAGCCUAUUGUGGACAGUCUGAGCACUGAUGGAGGGAUUGUGCAUUCCUGGUGUAACUCGGGCAGUUGUUGCCAUCCUGUACCUGUCCCGCAGGUGUGAUGUUAAGAUGUACCGAACCUAUGCAGGUGUUACACGUGGUCUGCCACUGCGAAGAUUGUCUGCCACUGCGAAGACGAUCAGCUGUCCGUCCUGUCUCCCUGUAGUGCUGUCUUAGGCGUCUCACAGUACGGACAUUGCAAUUUAUUGCCUUGGCCGCAUCUACAGUCCUCAUGCCUAUGGCACUUUUACGCAGAUGAGCAGGGACCCUGGGCAUAUUUAUUUUGGUGUUUUUGAGUCUGUAGAAAGGCCUCUAGUGUCCUAAGUUUUCAUAACUGUGACCUUAAUUGCCUACCGUCUGUAAGCUGUUAGUGUCUUAAUGACCGUUCCACAGGUGCAUGUUCAUUAAUUGUUUAUGGGUCAUUGAACAAGCAUGGGAAACGGUGUUUAAACCCUUUACAAUGAAGAUCGGUGAAUUUAAAAAAAUGUUUUUUAACGAAUUAUCUUUGAAAGACAGGGUCCUGAAAAAGGGGCGUUUCUUUUUGCUGAGUUUAUAUGCUUAAUAGUCACAAGUUGCAGAGCUUUCUGUCAGUCAGUUUUCUUUUAAAAUUGUGAGGUAGUUGCAUCUGGAUUACUUCGCCAUUGAUAAUAUACACUGAGUUUACAGAACAUAACACCUGCUCUUUCCAUGACAUAGACUGGUGAAUCCAGAUGAAAGUUAUGCCCUGACAAAUUGAGGCUGUUCUGAGGGCAAAAGGAGAGGGGUGCAACUCAAUAUUAGGAAAGUGUUCUUAUUGUUUUGUACACUCGGUGUAUAUUUGAUUCUUGACUGGAAGUUGGUGUUUGGGGUUUUUCGGUCUAGGUUAACCUGCCUAGGACUGUAUUUUGAUUUGUAAGGUUAUUAACACCAUCCAGUGCACAGGACAGUACACAAUGUUACAGUUCACGCCUUGAAUAGGUGGGUUGUGAUACUUUUUUUUAUAUAUUUUUUUUUAUCCCAUUUUCCCCCCAAUUUUCGUGGUAUCCAAUCGCUAGUAAUUACUACCUUGUCUCAUCGCUACAACUCCCGUACGGGCUCGGGAGAGACGAAGGUCGAAAGCCAUGCGUCCUCCGAAGCACAACCCAACCAGCCGUACUGCUUCUUAACACAGCGCGCCUCCAACCCGGAAGCCAGCCGCACCAAUGUGUCGGAGGAAACACCGUGUACCUGGCCCCCUUGGUUGGCGUGCACUGCGCCCGGCCCGCCACAGGAGUCGCUGGAGCGCGAUGAGACAAGGAUAUCCCUACCGGCCAAACCCUCCCUACCCCGGACGACGCUAUGCCAAUUGUGCGUCGCCCCACGGACCUCCCGGUCGCGGGGGUUGUGAUACUUACUGAAGUAUUUUUGUAUAUAAAUUCAACAAAAUAGCCUAAAAUCAUUGCAUCCUUUUUAUUUCUUGCCGUUUUUACAAAACGGGUGUUUUAAGGAUUCUAAAUUUGAAUAAUUUUGUUUGCUUUCUUAAUUUAUUGUCCUGUGUCAAUGUUCUUUCUACUUCUGUGAAUGCCAUUUUCAAAGGGACAAGCCUUAACCAUAUGUAGUUAUCUGUCAAACUAGCUACCAGGUAGGGUCCCUGGCCUCCAGAAGUCUGGGAUAAUGGCAAUCGAUUACUCUUACAAACUCUAGUGCGGAACUAAGAAAAAUCAACUGUCAUUCCAAGUUUGUAUUAUUUCUGUGUGAUAUACUAUUAGGGUUUUAAUUGGACAGGAACAUGGAGGGACGUUCAGGUUCCCCCACCUAUUUUGGGUGAAACUUGUGACAUUUUAAAUCAAUACAUUUUUGGGAACAGCACCAUUCCCAAUUCCAUUUUGUACUCCGUAUCAUAUUGAAGGGAUAGUUUACACAAUGAAAUGCAGAUUAAUAGAUAAUCACUCAAUGGUUUUUUUUGGUCAUCACUGCAACAUGUCCUGCAGGAUUUUUAUAGACUUUGAAACGUGCUGUAACCCUCAAACCAAAGUGUCCCCAGCAUCAUGUUUGUAUCUGAUGUUUAGGAUUAGAAACUCACUUUUCAUUCUUCAAGUUCUAACCUUGUUGAGUAUUUGUAUUUAUGGAACUAGUUCUCGUAUACCACAUUUUGUACUCAAAAAUAAAACCUUAAAAUGG